ACAUAGCGAACUCAGUUGAGAUCUAGCCUUAAGGAAACACUCGCCGAGUAUUGACUAUUAUUGAGAACUUUUUACCUCGAUCAAAGAAACUUUCUCAGAAUACUGAGAAUCAUGGUUAUGAUCCUGGAAGGCUGGAAACGAGAAUGAAUCACUGACGUCGAAUCUACAGUUUGUCUGGAGGAUCAAGUUUCAAGUUGAUGAUAGUGAACUACUGAUACACAAUGGCCAAUUUGAGAUACCCAGAAGAAUAUCACUCCUACUUCGAUCCAAAAACCUAUCUAGAGAAAUUCUACACACAAUUCAAAGAAGGCGAUGACAGUGAUUUGUCAGCAGCACUGCCGUCUCUCAAACUAUUGCACGAGUUUUGGUCGAAUUUUAAGUCCUUGUCAGAGACGGAAGUUGGCGAAUUUCGCUAUCUUGAGUACGGUGGUGGACCGUCAAUAACAAACAUUGCUUUUGCCUCCCCGAAAGUGAAUCACAUCGUAUUUUCAGAGUAUACAGAAGCGAAUAGACAAGCUGUGAAAUCAUGGAUUGCUGGUGAACCUGAUGCCCACGACUGGAUGCCUUUAUUUGAAGUCAUCUCGGAGCUCGAACAAGAAGAUAAAAUUCCUGUCGAGUCAACGGAGAAAGAGAAGCAGGAUACUUUACUCCAUCGUGCUGAUGAAUUGAAGAAAAAAAUCAAAUCAAUCGUACCCUGUGAUGUAACCAAGACACCAAUAGUUCAACUUGAGCACGAUGAUGUUGACAAACCAUUCGAUUUUGUUGGCACUAGUUUGUGUCUGGAGGCAUGCGUCACGUCUGAAGACCACUACAAGAAUACCGUUGCAAAGCUUUGCAAUUUGCUCAAACCAAAUGGUUAUUUAUUUAUGUACGGAGUUUUGGAGCAGACUUAUUAUUUCGUAGGAAAAGAGAAAUUUUAUACUUUUACCUUGAAUGAGAAAAUGGUAAAAGAAGCGAUGAAAGAAGCGGGAAUAAAGAUUGAAAAUUUUACAACAAUCCCUGUCACACUGGCAGAGGCGAGCAUCUGUGAUUGUACAGCGACAUUUUUUACCUAUGGACGAGCCUGUAAAAUUUGAAAUAAUUUACAGUAUUAGUGAUUACCAUGCUUGGCUGAAUCAUUCCAGCUGACCUUCAAUAUUACCAAAAAUAUAUUACUAUCAGACCUGUUGUAUUUAAUUCGUCUUUCUUUAAAAAUGUAUUCACAGUUUUUACCUAAAUGAUUAUGUCAUUAUUUUAUGUAUGGUGUUACGCAGAAUAGAAUAUUUUGCUCUAAUUUUUUGCUAGUCAUUUUGGAUUCAAACUUAUCGUAUUCUAACUUAACUGAAUUAUUUUUUUAUGCUCAUUGACAAUCCCCUCCACAACCGAAGGGUCUGCUAGACU